UGUAAUGAAGUAAAAGAAGAGUAAAGAUGGCGGAGAAUAGCGGCACGGAUCCUGCCGUGGAGACGAACACUGAAGAAAAUGCCGCCGCUAGCGCGACUAUCAUUAAGGUCACCGUCAAAACACCGAAGGAUAAAGAAGAAAUAGCCAUCGCCGAAGAUUCAUCUGUCGCACAGUUUAAAGAAGAAAUCUCCAAAAGAUUCAAGGCGAAGCAAGACCAGUUGGUUUUGAUAUUUGCCGGUAAGAUACUGAAGGAUGGAGACACACUCGGUCAGCAUGGCAUUAAAGACGGACUCACGGUUCACCUGGUCAUCAAAACCGCACAAAAGACUUCGGCUGGUGGUAGUUCGCAGACCUCUGCUUCUUCUGGCCCUGGAACAUCAGAGGGCAACAACGCCGGAACUGCUUCCCCGAGCCCGGUCGGCAACCUGGGCACACCCCAGGGCGUUGGAACGUCCCCGACCCCCUCACAGCCAGCCAAUAUACUAGCUGGGUUUGGUGACCUGUCAGGCCUGUCUAACCUCGGUAUGGGAUCUGCCAACUUCAUGGAGCUUCAGCAGCAGAUGCAGCGACAGCUCAUGUCUAACCCUGAGAUGCUGUCUCAGAUCAUGGAGAACCCUCUUGUGCAGAGCAUGAUGUCCAACCCUGACCUGAUGAGGCAGAUGAUAGUAGCCAAUCCACAGAUGCAGCAACUAAUGGAGCGUAACCCAGAGAUUUCACACAUGCUUAAUAACCCAGAGCUCAUGAGACAGACAAUGGAGUUGGCACGGAACCCAGCCAUGAUGCAAGAGAUGAUGCGUAACCAGGACCGGGCGCUUAGUAACCUAGAGAGUAUUCCCGGGGGUUAUAAUGCUCUUCGGAGGAUGUACACAGACAUUCAAGAGCCAAUGUUUAGCGCUGCACGUGAACAGUUUGGAAAUAACCCCUUCUCGGCAUUGGGUGGAAAUGCUGAAAACUCUGGAGUACAGCCCUCCAGGACAGAAAACCGAGAGCCCCUGCCAAAUCCCUGGGGCCCCCCUGACAGCAACUCUGCCACCACCACCUCUGGGACAGCUACCACCACCAGCUCCACCACAAGCUCAACCACACCCAGUGUGUCCAACCCUCUGGGCAUCAGCUCCUCUAGCCUAGGAAACGGCAUGUUCAACAGUCCUGGCAUGCAAAGCCUAAUGCAACAGAUCUCUGAGAACCCUCAGCUUAUGCAGAACAUGCUUUCUGCUCCUUAUAUGCGCACCAUGAUGCAGUCGCUGGCUCAGAAUCCUGACGUUGCCUCACAGGUAUUGAUGAACAACCCUCUCUUUGCGGGAAAUCCACAGCUGCAGGAUCAAAUGAGACAGCAGCUUCCUGUAUUUCUGCAGCAGAUGCAGAACCCAGAAGCCCUUUCUGUCAUGACAAAUCCUCGAGCCAUGCGAGCCCUAAUGCAGAUCCAGGAAGGACUGCAAACCCUUCAAACCGAAGCCCCUGGUCUCAUGCCCAGUCUGGUGCCUGGUGGGAUGCCUGCGGGUAUGCCUGCUGGGAUGCCUGCUGGGAUGCCUACUGGGAUUCCUGCUGCCCCACUGCCCACAGGUGUGAAUGUGACUCCUGAGAAUCCUCCGCCCUCAGGCCAGGCCCCCGCCCCCACCCCUGCUGCUGGAGCUAGUCCCGCCCAGCAGCAGCUCAUGCAACAGAUGCUACAGAUGUUUGCUGGAGGGAGUGCAUCGACUCCGACUCCAGAAGUGCGUUUCCAGCAACAGCUGGAGCAGCUGAGUGCCAUGGGCUUCAUCAAUAGGGAAGCCAACCUGCAGGCCCUCAUCGCCACCGGGGGGGACAUCAAUGCCGCCAUCGAAAGACUGCUCGGCUCCCAGCCUUCUUAAUUCCAUCAGCUGAGAGCGUGCGAAGGGAGACAAGAAGUCCUUCAUAGUCCUUCAUCACAUAAAGUCUGACGAGCCCUACAUAGACAGAAUUCCAAUUACUCCAAUCUUGUUUUUUUUUAUUUCCUUUUUUUUUUUUUGUUGCUUCGAUCAGUUGAUCUCUGAGUCAAAGCAAAGAGGUUUCAAAUUUGUUUCCUUGAAAAAACAAACCAGAAUCGCUGUGGAAUGACAUCACACUAACCCCUCAUCACUAGUAAGAUGGGACAAAGCUUACAUUUGCUGAACCAAGUUUAAGUUACCAUUCCUUACAAUUAGAACAUGCUCACCUGAGGCACUACUCGGUGGUUAGGAGAAUAAAAUCCAUCCGCUUGAAUUCUGAGGCCGGAGAGAUUCUUGUCUUCUGUGAGAAUGCUUGGUUUCCUUAAUUUCUCUAUUUCUUCUAAUUCAUGCCUGAUCAAACCAGUAUUUAUUGCAGAAAUGUAGAGCUUACCCUUUACUCCCUUUCCACCCUCCUCAGUUGACCUUGAUUUGAGCGUUCUUUGACAUUUGAUGUGUUAAUCAAAAUCUAAUAGACAUGAACAUGUUGGAGCACUAUAACACCUUGACUCUGAUUGCUUACACUUCAGCUAUUUUAGAAAAAAAGGAAUGAAUUUUGGAGGUGAGAUUUGGAAAAGGUGUUCAGUCAUCUCUUUAGUCGUUUGCCUUUGUGAGGAGUGUACCUGGAUUGACCGUAAAGGCUUGUCAUAUGGGUAAAGGCUGUAACAAAGCAUCAAUAAAAUAUUUCUCAGCUUAACAAGCAGUGGCGAACGCAGAAACCAUUUGUUUUGACCAUAUCAUUAUGCUUUGAAUUAGGAGUUAUUCUAGUGCCUGGAACACACUUGUAUUGUAUACUGGAAACAUCAUCCUCAAGUUGCUCUGGCAAAUCAAAAACUGGUUACAGCAUGAUAGUGAUGCUAGCUUCUCUCAGUGCUAACCAACAGCUAUAUACUAACAGAGAAUUGAUGUGAAUUAAAAUGUUCGACUUUUUUUUGCUGCACAUCCAUAAUCCAAUUUUUAUUGUACUUGAAUUACAAUACAGAAACAUA